AUGGAGCAAGUCACCGGGGAGCAGCAGACCAACCAAGUUCCUGAGUUUUGUGUUGCUCUUGAAGAGAUGUGCCAAGAAAAUGCUGAGCUUCGUAAACAGUUCCAGAGCCUGAUAGUUGCUAUACAGUCCCAACCAGCAGCCCACCAGCCUCUAUUCCCACCUCCUCCACCUCAAAGUGUUUACAGUGGUGGUUAUGAACAUUACCAACCCCUUACCUAUUCUCCAGCACACCAGCAACUACGCUAUCCAACAUUCAGCUCCCGAAGAAACCUGCCAUCAGAUUUCACUCAACCCAGAGUUUCCCAAAUAUCCAGUGGUCUGCCUUAUAACCCGUACUACACAGCUACACCGCAGCAGAGUGCCUCUUCCUAUUCACACAGAGAUUCUUCAUUUGUCCAAGUUCUCAGCUUUAAUGAACCACAGAGAGAGACCACAYACAGGGGGCCAAAGCCCACCAUCCCCAGAUUUACAUCACCAGACCCCAGAGAAUUUGCACGCAUGAAGAUUGCCUUAGAGAAUCUAUUACCAGGUGAUGCUACUGAAAGAUACAAGUACCAGAUCCUCACUGAUCACCUUCAGUGUGAAGAAGCUUCACUUGUAGCAGACUCCUACUGUAACUCAAGGCAACCUUACACUGAUACAAUGAUGGCUCUCACGAAGAUGUAUGGACAGCCCCACAAGCUUGCAGUGCAACGGAUUGCAGARUUAAUGGACGGUCCGAAUAUAYGCASUGGUGAUGUUAAGAGCUUUCGCCUGUUUGCCCUCAAUGUCCGGUCACUAGUAGGCAUGUUGGAACAACUGGGGCAAAGCGGCCAAGUCGAGUUAGUCUGCGGCUCUCAUGUUUCAAGGCUGUUAAGUAAACUCCCCUAUGACCUCAAUGCCAGUUUUAAAAGAUUCAUCCACCCUCUCAGAGUAGUCAUUCCUACMCUCGUUGACUUUGCUGAUUGGCUAGAAUACGAGCUAGAAGUUCAGGAAGACAGCAUGAAGCCCCCCAAGAGAGAGGAGUCAUUUAACAAGAAGCCUGACACAAAGCGCACUCCUAAACCUUCAAGUAAGACUACUACUAUCCUCCUGGGUACUGAGAAGGUCUCUGGAUCAAGUAGUGUAGCAGCACCACCUGCACCUGGACCUGUCAGCAAGUCAAGGGGAAUAGAGAAGGUCACAGCCUACUGUCCCUAUUGUGACAAUGACAAGCACUUCCUGAACAACUGUUCUAAC